UAUGCAAAGAUUUCCGAAACCAUACUUGAAAUAUUUACAUCCUUACUUAGCUAGACAAUGCACUCACAGUGCAUUUACGUGUAUACUAGCUUUGGCCUACCAUGCUAAAAAGUGGACAGAGGGUACAUCCAGUAUUAUUUCCAAUGUUCUUAAAGAUAUUUAUACUCGUAGAGUUGUCAGCCAUCAUCAGGAUAGAAUGAUGCAGAAUGUAUUAAGAUCUAACUUGUACGACUUUCCUUUUACCGAUCACGAUGAACUAUACAUGUAUCGACAAACAGCGCAAUACUUUAUGUGUUGGUGGACCAUGCGAAAGGAUAAUAUUUUGAUGAAUGACUAUUGGGACUCUUGUACUUAUGAGGCUGAAGGCUUGCAUGGUAAGAAGAAAUAUUCACCUACAAGAACCUAUCAAGAUCAGAAUUUCUCUUGUGCAAUGUUUAGUUUCUGUCCAGACCCCUGCUGUCCCUUUGUACAACUGCCCGAUGCUACUGAUAACGAAUGCUUUUAUCCGCCUCGACGAACUUCGAAUAGCGAAUAUUAUUUAAGGAGACGAACUGAUUUGCCAUAUACAAAUAAAAGUGCCUGGUGUUUAGAAUACGGUAAUAAAAAAUGUCAUGCAGACAUGCUCAACAAUGUUAAUUUUGAGGAUUUAAUUAGAAAUAAAAUAAAUGUUAGCUGCGAUUGUGAAGCAUUUCACAAAGGAUACGUAUUUAAUUCCGAAUUGAAAUUAUGCGUUGAUUUUGAUGAGUGCUAUGAAGGUUUACAUUCGUGCGAUAUGGAAAAUGCUGAAAGAUGUGUAAAUACUCUUGGAAGUUAUUUGUCUGUAUAUGUAAAUAAUAAGAUAAAGAAUAUAAUUUGUCAUAAGCAAUUGCUCUUAUUUAGUUGUGCGUGUAUGAAAGGAUAUAAAAGAAAAAAUGAGCACGAUACAAAGAGUAUAUGUGUUAGAGAUAUUAAGUAUGAGGGUGACGUCGUAGAUGAAGUGGGGUUAAUGGAAGCAGCUAGAAUGAAUAAACUUCAAGAAUCUAGAACAAAAUGUGCAAAUUAA